CGGACUACAGCUCCCGGCCUGCCCCGCGCGUGGUCCCCUCCCGCCCCCCGCGCCCGGGAGGAGGAUGCAGACGCCGCGGCCGGCGAUGAGGAUGGAGGCCGGGGAGGCAGCGCCGCCGGCGGGGGCGGGCGGCCGCGCCGCAGGCGGCUGGGGCAAGUGGGUGCGGCUCAACGUGGGGGGCACGGUGUUCCUGACCACCCGGCAGACGCUGUGCCGCGAGCAGAAGUCCUUCCUCAGCCGCCUGUGCCAGGGGGAAGAGCUGCAGUCGGACCGGGAUGAGACCGGGGCCUACCUCAUUGACCGUGACCCCACCUACUUCGGGCCCAUCCUGAACUUCCUCCGGCAUGGCAAGCUGGUGCUGGACAAGGACAUGGCUGAGGAGGGGGUCCUGGAGGAAGCCGAGUUCUACAACAUCGGCCCACUGAUCCGCAUCAUCAAAGACCGGAUGGAAGAGAAGGACUACACGGUGACCCAGGUCCCGCCUAAACACGUGUACCGCGUGCUGCAGUGCCAGGAGGAGGAGCUCACGCAGAUGGUCUCCACCAUGUCUGAUGGCUGGCGCUUUGAGCAGCUGGUGAACAUCGGCUCCUCCUACAACUACGGCAGCGAGGACCAGGCCGAGUUCCUGUGUGUGGUGUCCAAGGAGCUCCACAGCUCCCCGAAUGGGCUGAGCUCAGAGUCCAGCCGCAAAACCAAGCCCAGUCAUCUCAGGAUCCCGCUAACCUUUUCUCCCUCCCACCACUGCCUCCUCCUCCGCUUCCCGCUGGAGGUCCUGCCUCAUCUUCAUCCACCUCUUCUUCCUCCUGGAUCUCAUCUGCACCCUGCCUCUUCCCUCUCUGCCCCUGUCCGGGUUUUCUCUCUGCCUGCUCACGCCUCCAUCCCGGGUCUGCCCUGGUCCCAGCCUCCCGUGCCCUCCACCCAGGCCCCCUGGCCCUGCAUCCCAGAGCGUCCUGCCUACCGCCUCCUGCGCCCCUUCUGGUUCCCGUCCGCACUCUCUCAGACCUGAGGCUGAGCUUGCAGUGAGGGCUUCUCCUCGGCCCCUCGCCCGCCCCCAGAGCUGCCAUCCCUGGUUUGUAGCUUGGCGGUGCUGGAGGGAGGGGUGGAGCGAGGAGGGUGCUCUCUCUUGAUCCUUGGACUUGAGCCGAGCUUUCGGCUGAUUAUCUCCACCCACCAAAGUUUCUCAUCCGACCUUGGCCUUGGGGGUGAAGCUCUGAGAGAAGAAAGUUAGGGAGUGGGAACUUUCCCACCAGCCCAUCAGCACCAGAGCCAGGCUUGCGGGGAGGGAGGGACCCGCUGAAGCCAGAGGCCUUGGCCGAGUCCCUGCACAUCCAGGAGCUCCUGUGUCACUGCCUUGUGUCAUCCCCUAUUUCUGUGGGGAUGGGGAGGACAGGCCACUUUUGGAUACCCUUGGCCUAUGAAGUGUCAGCCAGAGCUGGCUUAAGGAUUGCAGAGUGUCAGAAAAAAACCUGACCACAUGCCCACAAGCCCCCACCCCACUCUUUUCUUCCUGCUGUGUGACUUUGGGCAAGUCACUGUCCCUCUCUGGGCCACAAUUGCCUCUAAAAUGGGGACAAACAGCUGCUCUCCGUGGCUCCUUUCGCCUGGGGCAUCAGUGCUUUUCCCAGCCUGACCAACCCCCAUCACCCCCUUAAGAGUCUUGGCAGAAUCUGGCCUCUGCAGGUGGCUGCCACGGAGCCCAAGACAGGGCCUGGGGCUCCUGGAUGGGUUAGUUGGGCGCCCUUCCUGCUCCUCCCCCACUCAAUUCUGAAUCCACCUUCUCUGGGCCUCAGCCCCAUCGCCUUCUCCAGAAGGAAGCCUGUGACUCAACUGCCUCUCUCUCUCUCCCUCUCCCCGCCCCUUCAAUCUCCUCUCCACCCCCUGGCCCUGCAUCACCCCCUCCUUACCGGCCCCACCUCCGUCCCUCCCAUCCUCCUGUCCUUCCCCUCUUUUUUUUCUAGCUGUUACAAGCCAGAGGCACCCGGAUGUGAGGCCCCAGAUCACCUCCAGGGACUUGGGGUUCCCAUCUGAAAUCCUUUAUUUUUGUACCAUGGGGUGGGCCCCGGGCCUGAGAAGGAAGAAGCCUCCUCUGUCUGCACCUGUGGGGCUGUGACUUACCCCUGCCUCCAGGGCCGGGGCGGGGCGGGGGCCCCCGGGACCUCUCAAGGCCCAAGGUGGGCCCCAGGAUCUCUGGGCAGAGCCGACUGCUCAUGGCGGACGUGUGGCAGUGUCUGGCUGUGUCUCUCCAGCCCCCGCGUCCCCUUUCCCGGGCUCCCCUGCUGCAUGGCGGACGCACUCCCUCCUGGCCCAGUCACAUCGCCUCCUUGAGCCUUAGUCCAGGGGGUAACUCCUCCCACCCCACCUACCUCCCAGGGUUGUUGUGAGGGUGCACAGAGGAGCAAGGUCCCUGAAGGCCCUCGGGCAGUAUAUAGGGGCCGCCCACCUUCAGCUGCCCUGGGAUGGGAAGGACCCAGCCCGACCCCUGGGCGUAACACUGUGUUUGCAAAUGGAGAUUCAGGUACUGGGGAUGGAGGUUGUGGGGAGCUGGCCUGUCAGAGUAGGGGUAGGUGGCUUGGCCUUCACCUUGGUGAUCCCAUCCCCAGCCAUUUGCAUUGCUGGCCCAGCGCCUGGCCUGGGGGGCGGGGAGAGGCAGCAGAAGGGGCUGGGCAGGGGCGGUGGAGGACUCAGGAACUGCCCAGGGAGAGUGGGUGUGGCGGCUGAGCCAGCGGCCGUCCUGUGUUUGAAUUCCUGGGAUGGGUCCUUGCUUCUCGGCUGUGUCGGACCCCACCGUGUAAUAAAACCCGAAGGAACAGCCCA